AUGGGAACGAGUUCUGCGGUGCUUGCUCCGCAGGCGCAGAGACCGCGCAAAAACACGCUGUCGUCGAAGCUGGGCAAGCUGUUCGGAGGGCCGCGGGGGGCGCGCGACGUGGGGAGCUCGCCGGUGACACUGUGCGGGACGCCGUCCCCGGCGGCGUCGGGGGCGUCGAUGGGGGCGCCGACACGGCCGCUGUCGCCGCCGAGCUCGGCGGGGGCGCGGGACGACGGGCAGUCGGUGCGGUCGGCGGGAUCGCGGGGGUCGGAGGGCACGCGGGAGUCGGGCGGCAGCGGGCGCACGAGCCCCGCGGCGAGCCGCGCGUCGCCGACGGCUGCGGCGCAGGCGUCGGGGCGGUUUGUGGUGCACGAGGACGGCACGCACGAGCACAGCUUGAAGAACGCGAAGCGGCAGGAGAAGCUCUCGUCGAUGAUCCGCAACAUGCUCGGGGCGCAGAAGCUCCGGGGCGAGGCGAAGUCCGCGGUGCCGGAGAUCCUCCUGGGCGCCAAGAAGCCGGGCGCGGCGGAGGGCGACCUCCCGACGUUGUUUUCGGGGCUGUUCAGCCAGACGGCCCAGGACAGCGACGGGCUGCGCACGCCGCACCGGCCGACGCCAGACCCGGACGCGCCGGCGGCGGGCAAGGACUACCUCUCCUUUGCGGAGAAGUACGGCCGCUGCCAGGAGGUGAUCGGCAAGGGCGCUUUCGGCGUGGUGCGCAUCUGCCACAAGAAGGACGCGAACGGCACCGAGGCACUCUACGCGGUGAAGGAGUUCAAGAAGCGGCCCUCGGAGGACCAGGAGAAGUACUCGCGCAGGCUCACGUCGGAGUUCUGCCUUUCCUCGUCGUUGAAGCACACGAACAUCAUCAACACGCUCGAUUUGUUCCAGGACGCCAAGGGCGACUACUGCGAGGUGAUGGAGUACUGCUCGGGCGGCGACCUCUUCUCGCUCAUCGUCACUGCAGGCAAGCUUGAGUACAUGGAGGCGGAUUGCUUUUUCAAGCAGAUGAUCAGAGGCGUGGUCUACAUGCACGACAUGGGCGUCUGCCACCGCGACUUGAAACCGGAAAACCUAAUUCUCACCGCGAAUGGUGUGCUUAAGAUUACCGACUUUGGCAAUGGAGAGUGCUUCAGGAUGGCCUGGGAGAAGGAUAUCCACUUGAGCGGUGGGGUGUGUGGCUCGAGCCCAUACAUCGCGCCAGAGGAGUACUCGAUGGAGGAGUUUGAUCCGCGUCCCGUGGACAUAUGGGCCUGUGGCACGAUAUACAUGGCGAUGCGGACGGGGCGCCAGCUCUGGCGAACCGCGCAGAAAGAGGAUGAAUUUUAUGCGCGAUACCUACGGGGUCGCAAGGAUGAAGCUGGAUAUGAGCCCAUCGAGCAGCUAAAAAGGGCUCGGUGCAGGAACGUAAUAUAUUCGAUAUUGGAUCCGGUUCCCAGUCGAAGAAUUAACGGGAAACAAAUAUUGAACAGCGAAUGGGGACGAGAAAUCAAGUGUUGUGUUGACAGUCACCCGCUUCACUAA